AUGUUUUCAUUCCGGAAACCUUCUAUUUUGAUCUCGUUCUCGUGUCUCUCGCUGCGUAAUGAGGGGAUGGUGACAAGACAGGAGGGAAAUGCCUGCGCUGUCAACGAUCUGGCCGCGAGUGCGUUCCCGCACCAGGCAAGUCAGAAGAGCUAUCAUUUCGCCAUGGUCAAAACCCAUCGCUACGAGGGAAGGGACCACCACGGUAUGGAGAAAGCGAUUUGUCGUUUCCAGAGGAUCAAAUCUGGAUCAAGUCGUCACCUGAAUGUAUGGUUCAUCACGAUGCUCCGCGACUGCCGCGUCGAUCAGAUGUGUGAUAUUGACUUUUCCCCAGAUGCUUUCAAAGAUGAGACUGCGCAGACUGCGUCCGAGUAUCAUGUGCUUCCAGUGAACGGACAGUUGGGCUCAAGAUCACCAUCUGAGCCCCGAUCAACGCCCUCAUCUACAACCAUGGACGCUGUGCUUCCUGGGCGUAGUAAUUCAAUUCCUCACAAUAUUAUCGAAUCGCGUGGCGGCUCCAGAUCAGCCUCUAUCAACUCACCGCAAUCCUCAAUCACCCCGGUGUCAAGCCCUCGUCUAGCAAACGUCAACGAGGCAUAUUUGCUCCGGCAUUUCCAAAGAUACAUCGCGCCCUGGCUUGACGCCGGCGAUCCCGAACGACACUUUUGCGCAGACGCCGUGGGACGAGCCAGUGAAUCGCCGCUUCUUUUGUACGCCUGUCUUGCAGUAUCGGCUUGCCACCUCUCACGCACCACACACACUAUCGCACCAGAUGUAGCGGAUAGCUAUCAUGAGCGCUGUGUCUCAAUCAUGCUACCGGUGCUUGACAACUCCAACUAUGAGAUUUCCAUCGACAUUCUUCUCAGCUCAACCGUGAUCCUCCGGUUCUUCGAACAAAUAUCCUGUACGAUCCAUUCACCACCAAUAAGCCCAUGGUUCGGGCUGAGCAAGCGACUUUCUAUACUGGCCCAGAUUAGACGUAACGAGUUAGCUGACUCAAAGAUUACUCACUCAGCUCAUACACCCUCCAACGAUCCCCAACGUCACCUCCUGGCUGGUUCGGUCUACAUCAGUUCUCACGUCGAUAGCGCCAUCUCAGGGGGUCUUGCAUCGGCUUCUUUCUGGGUCUUCGUCCUCCAAGAUAUACAAUUUGCCCUAACACAGCAAAAGUGUCUCCGGGUCGCAUUUGCACCACUCGAUGACCGUUUGCAUCGUUGGUGGGCCACAAAAGCGGUACUCACCGACGGAGAUUGGGUUAAUCAAGCCAUUUGGCUCCUCGCAGCGACGGUCGAUUUUUGUUACCAACUGCCUGAUCAGCAUUACGGAAUUCAUGUGAAUAUCGCCGCGGGCAACGCGCUAAAACAACGGAUUCAAGAUUGGGAGGUUAGGCGACCGGAUGCCUUCACUCCACUACACAUUUCACCGCCAGAUCCACGAGCUGGGAAGCCUUUCCCUGUGGUGUGGUACACAAAUGUGUGGCAUUGUAAGAUCUCCACGUUCUCUGGGUUAGUCAGGCAGCACAGCUCUAACUGGUCUAUAGCAACGGCUGUGCAACACGUGUGUCUCGCCAAGGCCCUUGUGCUCAUGCGCGAGCUUGAGAUUUAUGAUUACCCCUUCGAUCAGCGCGCCCAAAUCAAGGAGCAAAUCACCGAAAAUCUCAACUACCUCUUCGGCAUCGCCCUAUCUUCCGACGACGAGCCCUCGCUCCGGAUAUUAGCCGGCCACGCACUGUGCGCCUGUAGCGCCUGGAUCGACGACCCCCUCGCACAAACGCUCCUAUUCGAUCUUCUUAGGCGCACAGAGAGAGACAACGGUUGGCCAUGGGCUUAUUUCGAGCAGCGCAUUCUCCAAACAUGGAGAGGUCACCAUGUCCAGGCCCGGUGA